AUGGAGCUUGCAUCUAGUAGUGGAGGGCGGUUGGGAUCGAAGAGCCAAAUUAAGAAGAAAGUUGAAAAUUGCCAGACGAGAAAGAAGCGAUGUGAGGGGAAUCUGCCAAGUUGUUCUACUUGUUUGAAGCAAGGACUGCCUUGUAAAUACAUGCAAGUAAAAAGGCGGGGCAAGGGUAAAGUGUGA